GUGUUCAGAAGGGGAGCAGCUCAAUACCAAGCACAACAGCCAAGCUAAGGUGCCUCUCCUUAGCCAGUGACAGUCUGGGUGGGGCAGCCAAAGGUGUGUCCGUCCCAUGAGUCACUGCAGCGGUAACGUCUCUUUCUGUCGGCGUUGUCUGAAAGCGCACAUGCAGGUAGGGCUCACCUUCGCUACAAGUCCGGCGUCCUGCUCCGGGACUUUCUGGAGAGAACUGAGAAGUUUUUCAAAAAUGGCGAAUGUUUUCUUUUUCACCGUUUGCUCAGUGUUGAUCCUGCUUCGUGUGGAGUCGUGUUAUAUCCCGGACUCUCUCUAUAUGCUUGUGCCACAAACAAUUCAGCCCGAACAAGAAGUCGCAAGAGUUGGAACCGCUGACUGCGACAGUAAAACACUACAAACGACUUUGUCGGACCGAAACUUCAAAAUGAAGACAAAUGGAUCAAUUGUGCCCGUGACUGAAGUGUACGUGGGAACUGGCGGGCGGACAUUUUAUGUGCGGGUGCAGGACGGCAAUGGACCGCCAAGGGAGAUGAAAGUUCACCUUAUCCACAGUACACUGAAGGAGCCAAAGAACAAACCCCAGAGCUUCCUGAAGCGUUCCAAAAGGAGGUGGAGUCCUCCACCCUUCAACAUCUUAGAGAAUGAUGCAGGGCCUUUCCCGAAAGACGUUGAAAAGAUUGUGUCCGAUUCUGCAGCAACCCACGAGGUGUACUAUACUUUCAGUGGACCUGGUUACAACGAGCAUCCGGUCGGCGUUUUCAGCCUCGACCAAGAAUCUGGGAUGUUGAAAGUACACAAACCAGUCGACCGCGAGAUGUUCCCAAACUUUACACUGACGACCAAAGUUUUUGACAAAUAUACUCAUCAGCCAACAGACUUACCGUUAGACAUCAUCAUAAUUGUAGACGAUGUAAAUGACAAUGCUCCGGAUUUCAAGCCCCCAUUGCAAUUUACGGUGCCCGAGCACAGCAAAGCAGGGACAUCGGUGGGAAAGGUUGUCGCUACAGACAAAGACCAAGAAGGAAGUGAACAUGUCAUGAUCAGAUAUUCUCUGCUGACCGGUUCAGACCUGUUUUCCAUUAACCAACAAACUGGUGUCAUCACUACAGUCACUAACACACUGGACCGAGAGGUAAAAGAAAAACAUUUGGUGACCAUACAAAUCAAAGAUAUGCGUGGUCAAGCAAAUGGUCUGUCCAACACAGGAACAGCAACAAUUACCUUGGGUGAUAUUAACGACAACCCGCCCACUUUCACAAAAACAUCUUUCACCGCCAGUGUCAAUGAAAAUGAAAAGGAAAAACUUAUCCUCAGAAUUCCUGUUGAGGACAAGGAUUUAGUGAACUCGAAAAACUGGAUUGCAAAAUUCCUCAUCACUAAAGGAAAUGAAAAUGAACAUUUCAGGAUCGACACUGACCCCAAAACAAAUGAGGGACUUCUGUAUGUUACAAAGCCUUUUAAUUUUGAGCAGAACAAAAAAGUAAGGCUGGAAGUUAUGGCGCGCAACGAAGCUGAACUGAGCAACACCAAGGAAAAAUGGCAGUCCAUCCCCGUGGACGUCACCGUCACUGACGUUGACGAGGGUCCAGAAUUCACAGCUCCCACUAUCCGCUUCACCGUCAAAGAGAACACACCAAAUGACACAGUGAUAGGAAAGUACACGGCCUUAGAUCCCGAGACCAAGAGCAGCGCUGGCAUCAAGUACUACAAGGCCAUAGACCCAGCGGGCUGGAUCAAUGUCGACAGAGGUACAGGCGAGCUGAAGGUUGCAAACACAAUCGACAGAGAGUCGCACUUCGUCGAGAAUGGAAUUUACAACGUUACCAUGAAGGCUGUUGACUCGAGCUCAAAAACGGGCACGGGAACAGUCAUCAUUACGGUGGAGGACGUCAACGACAAUGUGCCACUGCUCCCCACCGGUGAACUGGUGAUAUGCGAGAAGCAAGGAGAGCUUGGCUCUGUGCUGGUUGAGGCUGUGGACAAAGACGCGCCUCCACUUUCUUCCCCUUUCAGCUUUAGUUUGCCAGCUGACAAUGAUGGCAGGUGGUCGGUGACGAGAGUAAACGCAACGACAGCUGAACUGAAGCACAUCAAAGAGCUGCCGACGGGGAUCUACGAUGUUCCAAUCCAUGUCAGUGAUCUGCAGGGUUUGGGCAAAACACAGACGGUGACUGUGCGAAUCUGCGAGUGCAGGAGUGGAGUCUGCUUGGCGAAAGACCGCUCUUCGACGUUUGGCGGACUGGGUGUACUGACUAUGCUGCUACCUCUGCUCCUCCUCCUGCUGUUAUGUUUACUCCUCUGCUUUUUCUGCGUGACUAAGAGAGACAAUCGGGAACUGGACGACAUAACAGGCGGUGGUGGAAUCUUGCUGAAAUCAAACACUGAGGGCAAAGGGGACGAAGUGGAUGCGAGUCUCCUCAUUGUCCCCACCUCUGGCACAGAUGACAUGACAAAGGGCUCAGUUAAGGAUCAGGGUAAUCUCGGGUACCAGGAUAUCAAUGGCAUGGGCACUGGCCAAAGCAUACACGAUAGCUGGAGGUACAAGACCAACGACAUGAUCAACUUCUCCUCUAGCCAGUACGAUCAGUAUGGCCAAUUCAGAGGUCAGUUCAGCCAGGGUGUUAACAGUGGCAUGAACUUCGAGGGCAGAAACGUCACCCAGGAUAUGUCUCUUCAUCACAACUGGCUGACAAACGGUCGCUAUCUGGAGCAGAAGUUGGGGUACAUGGGGACAGAGGAGGACGGACGCUACGCGGACGACAUCGUCCACUCCUACGGGUUCGAGGGGGCGGGCUCUGCCGCCGGCUCCGUCGGAUGCUGCAGCGACUUCGGCGACAGUGACAACCUCGACUUCGUUAACACGCUCGGACCAAAGUUCAAAACCUUGGCAGGCGUCUGCAAAAAGACAUGAACGCUGAAUCGCUGAAAUAAUGGUUGCUCUCCGUCUGGGAUCUGAACAUUUGAUACGCCCCUGAACAUGAAUGAGUAAAAACAGAACAAGCUGGCAUCAGUGUGUGCUGACACUGUUCUAUGAUUGCUUAGUUUUCUUAGUUUUUUCUUCUUUGCUGUUUUUUUCUUCUUUUUUUGUGGUAAAAAGUCUUUUGCACUGAAAUCUGAGAUGUACAUAUAUGUCAUUUAAUGUGGUUUAUUAACAGGAUGCUUGUGUUUAAGUCUUGGAGGUUAUGAAGGUUGUAUUGAUAAAUGCAGUGGAGGGGCUGCGGGGUUUUCUAUCAGUUAGUAACAAAUUUGGGUAUUUUGGUUAUUAAUGAUUAUGUUGUGCUCACAGUAAAGGUUAUAAAAUGUUCCAUUUAUAUUGCUCACUCACAACGUUUUGAUAUAUUUUUAGAAAAAAACAAAUGCCUAGAGAAAAGAAGACAAUGCACUUUUUCUUUUUUUUUACAUUUGAGAAGAAAAUUAUUCAUUUCAAACUCAGUUCUUUUGGAAAACAACGUAAUGUUGACGGAGGAAAUAUCUGUGCAAACACAUUCCAGCACAGCUCGCGGCUGCAGUCAACUGGGCGUUGUCUCGUACUCUGCUGUCAUGGGGGUUAUUGCCACAUUCUGACAGUAAUCCAACAAAAGUCAGCAGAAGGGUGUGAAUGGGAGGAGGGAGAUACUGACAUUGCGACGCUCGACUGUCUCAAUGAAUUUGACUCAGAUGGAUAAUUAACCAGUUCAGACAAAAGCCUUGUGUUUUCAGCUGUUCAAAUUUGUAGACGCAUUGUCAUUAAAGAAUGUGUGUAUUUGGUGAA